CGCUAGUGUGCGAGUUUCACUCUCGGUCUCGUGCGCGUCGUGAAUUGUUUUAACAAACGGCGGUUUUUAUUAACUUUAUUCUCUACAGCGUUUUAAUGUUAUGUUUAUUUUUAUUUAUAUCUAUUAUUGAACGCUCUGUUUAAUUACGUUACUAAUUUUAGAUGAAUAACUCUAACCCAGAUAAUAAGGGUUUUUAACAGUUGGCUAAUUUUUGUCAUUAACAAACCGAACUAUUAGUUUAUUGUCUGUUAUCCGCCUGUGAUUUGGUUCAUCUUUAAUAUACAGCUUUUUGUUAUAAGUCUGUUGUUGUUGUUGUUGUUGUUGUUGUUGUUUUAUCGCUGUUUGUAUAAUUAAGAGUUUAAUUAACUUUAACGUCGUGCUAAGUGCCUAGCCGCUCUGAGGCUAACAGCUUGUUAGCAUUUAGCAAGUUAGCUUUGUUACUUCAGUCGAGUCCCAGCAGCUGUCAGGUGGAGAUGAGUAAAUGUGGUGUUGAGUCGUGUGCUGAUGCUCAGUCUGUCAGCCCCAGUGAAAGUGCUCUGCUGGAGCUGAUGGAGAGGACCGGCUACAGCAUGGUCCAGGAAAACGGACAAAGGAAAUUUGGUGGUCCACCACCAGGGUGGGAAGGACCUCCUCCUCCACGAGGCUGUGAGGUAUUUGUGGGAAAAAUUCCAAGAGAUAUGUACGAGGACACGCUGGUGCCCAUUUUCGAGCGUGCAGGCCACAUCUAUGAGUUCCGCUUGAUGAUGGAGUUCAGUGGAGAGAACCGUGGCUAUGCUUUUGUUAUGUAUACCGCACGAGAAGCAGCACAACGAGCCAUUGCCCUCCUCGACAAUUACGAAAUCCGUCCAGGAAAGUUUAUUGGAGUUUGCGUGAGUUUGGACAACUGUCGCCUCUUUAUUGGCUCUAUCCCUAAAGACAAGAAGAAGGAGGAGAUCCAAGAAGAGAUGAUGAAGGUAACAGAUGGAGUGGUGGAUGUUAUCGUGUACCCCAGUGCCAUGGACAAAACUAAGAACCGUGGUUUUGCGUUUGUGGAGUACGAGUCACACAAGGCUGCUGCUAUGGCUCGCAGAAAGCUCAUACCAGGAACAUUCCAGCUGUGGGGUCACACUAUUCAGGUGGACUGGGCGGAGCCAGAAAGGGAUGUUGAUGAGGAGACGAUGCAGCGUGUUCGGGUUCUUUAUGUACGUAAUCUCAUGCUGUACACUACAGAGGAGACGCUUCACUUACAGUUCAGCCGUCUAAAGCCCGGUUCUGUAGAACGUGUUAAGAAACUGACAGACUACGCUUUUAUUCACUUCUACUGCCGUGAAGAUGCGCUCGCUGCACAACAGGCCAUGAAUGGCGAACUCAUCGACGGCUCUGUGAUUGAAGUCACGCUUGCAAAGCCGGCGAGCAAAGACACAGGUCGAAGAUCCAGAACCCGAUUUGAACAUAAUGAAACAGCACCAAUGCUCUACAGUGACUCCAACUUCACCACUAAGAGUAAAGAUGACUCAGGAAUCAGCACGGGCUCAGGAGGGCUAAAUGAUGCCUUUUCCACACAUUCUCUCGGUUUGUCUACUCGUGUGAGUAACUCACAUUCUGUGGAGUUAGACCGAUGUGUGUAUCCCUUUCUCCCUGGGUCCAGUCUGGUACCAGUCAGUCUGCAGAGCCUGAAGCCAAGUCAGUUGAGCUCUGCUGUGGCUCUGCUGGAAUAUUUCUGCCAUAAGAACGGCUGGUCUCUGCCAGAGUAUCACCUUUACACUACUACUGCAACCUUCUCCACCACAGGCCAUGACGGAAAAACACCACUAGUCUAUAAAGUGGUGAUCAGCAGCAUGCAGAGCAGCUACAUGCCCAAUAAAGUCUGCACCAUUCUCGAGGAUGCCAAGGAGCUCGCAGCUCACACUGCUCUCUGGAACCUUGAUCUCUCAUUGUAUAGCCCAGGAUCUCCUUGCAGUUUCUCUCCUCCCGCAGUGUCCUCAGGCACCGGUUUGUUGUCGUAUGCGUGCCGAGCCGUACCGUAUCCACCGUAUCCCAUCUCUCCCAUCUCACCUCCGCUGUCCAUCUCCAGUUCCAGGGGCUCACAGAUCUACAUCUCCAACCAGUCUCCGUUCUGAGCCACACAGUGUGUAGACCUGUUGUUGUUAUGGUUGUUUUGUUUUUGUAGUAAGUAAAAUCUUUAAUCCGUAGAAUUCAGAUUGUUCUGUUUCCGUUGGUUCUAAACUCCUUUGUCUUUUUCUGUACAGUAUUAUUAUUAAUAUCUCAGCCACAGAUUUAAGCCACAGCAGGUUUUCACUCUGAAUGAAAGGUUCAACUAAAGAAAUGAGUUUUUUUAGUGAUUGUUAAGUGAUAGUUAAUGAGCUGUGGCUUUUCUGUCCUACUUUAAAACAAACCUUCUUCUAUUCCUUCAUCAUUUAGACAGAAUUAAAAAUCUUAAAUGCUCAAAGUACCCAAUAAAUCUUUAGUUCUGUUUACAUUUAGAGAGUGUAGCAUAAUUACACAGUAAAGAGUUUACUAGUGUUUAGUUAUAAGGUCUGUAGGGAAACUGUGGUAUAUAACACUAAUAAACACUCCUAUUAUUAAUUGAAAAAGAUAUUAAGAUAAUAAUUACGAUGUCAUUUUUUUGAGCUAAAACCAUUCCUUCUUAUAAAACAGUGUAUUAUAUUUUUAUCCUUGCAUACAAAUGAAUAAUUUGGGGGGGGAAACAGUAUCUAUUAGUACCCAGUCAUGUCAGAGAGUUAAACUGUUGGUGUGUUUAUCACUCAGAUCUACACCAGCGAUGCCACAUUAACUCAAUAUCAUUUAUAUAGAAGACAAUUUAUUUCAGACACUAAAUUUAAUUUAAAUACUUUUUUGGUCCUCUGAGUAAUUCACAAUGAGUCAUGAAUAUAAUCUAAUUUCACCAUCUGGAAUUAAAUCUAGUUGCUUUUUUAUUCUUUGCUCAAUAUUUAGUUUAGUAAUGUAACAUUUAUAUGAAUUUAUAUCUACUGUUUAUUGAGAUUAGAAGGUUUUCAGAAAAUGUCCCGCUGUCAUUUCCAUUUGAAUGAUACUUCUAGUUGAAUUAAAACCUUUACACACUGAUUUUCACUGUGAUUUAACACAAUGUUUAUUACACUGCUGCAGAUAUCUACUGUUCAUGUGGAACAUUUUAACUGUUCAUGAUCAUGUUAACUUGUUGAGUCAAAUAAACAGACAAAAAUACUAAAA